AUGGAUCGAUUUUGGAGUGCACCUCCAGUCACUCGAACGCUCGUGGCUGCAAUGUUUGUUGAGUCUGCUCUCGUCCAUGGGGGUCUCACGAGUGCUAUGCACAUUGUCUAUGAUACUUCGCGCCUGUUGAAAUUCCUACCUGAGCUAUGGCGGCUUCUUACCCCAUUCCUAUUGACUGGGCCUGAUUUCUCAUUUGUCUUCGACCUGUAUCUGACGUAUACAUACGCCUCGGGUUUGGAGUUGAAUUCCCCUCGCUUUGGUCAGCCUGGAGACUUCUUCACAUACGUAGCGUUUGUGGCCACCGUCAUUUGGCUGACUGCUGGAAUCCUCCUGCAAGGUUGGAUCUUCACUUCCGCGCUCAUGAUGGCAUUUAUGUAUACUUAUGCUCAAGACAACCGUGGCAAGAAAGCCCAUUUCAUCGUCGUUCAAAUUCCCGUCGAAUUGCUCCCAUGGGCAAUGCUUCUCUUGACUUUGAUCAUGAAUGGCAUUGGGGGAGCGCUGCAGCAAGGCAUGGGUAUUAUUGCUGCACAUUUGUAUGACUUCCUCACACGUCUGUAUCCAACGUUCCAAGGUGGGCGCAAUUACAUCCAGACUCCUGCUGUGAUCAAACGAUUUUUUGGUGCAGAUAGAAGUUCCUUUGCCCACAAGGCCUAUGGUUCGAGCUUCCGCAGUGGACAAAGUGUACCUCAACAACAGAGCGGGGGUUGGACAAGUGGUUUCUCAAGCGGUUGGAGUGGCAGAGGCGCCGGUAGAAGAUUGGGAGGUGAUUGA